AUGGAAAUCAUGCGAGAACCAACAUGUUUUAUCAUUACACAAAGCAAGAUUAUGAGGGACUUAAUCAGUGAAUUUGAUUGCUCCAGUCUCCCCACAGUAUCUGCUCCACUCGAUCCUUCCACCAAAUUAUCUGAUGCGUCUGGAACUCUUUCGCUGGAUCCAACUAUUUAUCGGCGUUUGAUUGAUUGCGCGGCUUGCCGUGACUCUCGCAAAUCUGUCAGUGGUUUCUUUAUAAGAUUAGAACUAAUCGGGCUCACCCGUCUGCUUACUGAUUUAUCCCUUGAACCAUCAUUACCAAUACCCUUAUACUCUGAUAGACAAGCGGCAAUUCACAUUGCCCGAAAUCCUGUCUUCUAUGAAAGGACAAAGCAUGUCGAACUGGAUUGUCACUUUGUGCGCCAACAAUUUCUUUCCGGAUUGAAAUCUCUAUCUUUUAUCUCUUCAAAAUCUCAGCUUGCCGGCCUCUUUAACAAACCUCUAUCUGGUCCAUCUUUGCAUACAAUUCUUGGCAAGUUGGGGCUCUCCUCUUUCUCCUCCAAAGAUUUCGGUGAUGAUGUCAUCGUGCCAACGAAAAAUGACGGCCGGCGUCUUUCGAUAGAGAUUCCAGCAGAAAUCUCAUCGGCAGAACUCUUACGAGCCUCGCCCGUCUUCUCCUCAACCCCAUCGAUCUCCCUCUCUGACCCAAUUUCUCUCACUCUCGAUCUCUCUCUCCGUCUCUAA